AUGGUGCAUCCCGAAUCGGGCACAAAGUACAGACGGCCGCGUCGCGGUUCACAUGACGACAAGGCAACCAAGCCUAGACGAUUUUUGAUUGACGUUGAGGAGACUCAGAAACUGAUUUUGGAGCAGGAAGAUACCGACGGCGAUUUUCAGAUUACAGUCAACGAUGUCGGCCCCAAGGUCAUCACACUCGGAACAGCGGAUUCGGCUGGAUUUAACAAGUACGAUAUUCGGGGCACCUAUAUGCUUAGCAACCUUUUGCAGGAGCUGUCUCUGGCUCAGGACUAUGGUCGUAAAUAUGUCGUUCUGGAUGAGUCUCGCUUAAACGAAAAUCCUGUCGAUCGACUCUCGCGUAUGAUCAGACAUCACUUUUGGGAUGGCCUCACUCGUCGCAUCGAUGCAGAGGGACUGGAGAUGAUUGCGAGCGACCCUAAGAACAGGUCCAAGAACACUACGCCGAGAAUCUAUAUCCCCCAUGGCGAGACCGAGGUGAUGAAAUACUACAAGAACGUCAGCCUGCAGAAGCCUCAUCUCAAACUCGACAUCCAGCAGCUUCCUGCGAAGAUUACGCCAAAGUACGUCCAGUCGAUCAAUGACAGGCCAGGAAUUUUGGCGUUGGCGAUGACCAAGUUCGUGAAUGAGGAGGGUGAAGAGAGCUUGAAGGGCGUUCCAUUCGUCGUCCCGGGAGGUCGCUUCAACGAGAUGUAUGGUUGGGACUCUUACUUCGAGUCUCUGGGUCUGUUGGUCGAUGGCCGUCUAGAGCUGGCAAAGGGUAUGGUCGACAAUUUCGUGUACGAGAUUCAGCACUACGGCAUGAUCUUGAACGCCAACCGCAGCUACUACUUGACCAGGACCCAACCUCCAUUCCUUACGGAUAUGAUACUCAAGGUCUAUGAUCGCCUCCCAUUCAGUCUCGAAAUCGAAAACAAGCAAUGGCUCGCAAUCGCCUUGACAGCCGCCAUCAAGGAAUACCUGACUAUCUGGAUGUCACAGCCCCGCUAUGAUCCCGAGUGUGGAUUGUCGCGGUUCCACAGCGAAGGAAUCGGCAUGCCACCAGAAACAGAGGAGACACACUUUGACCAUGUCAUCAAGCCUUUCGCGGAUGCCAAGGGCCUUCCGAUUCAGGAGUACAGUCGGAAGUAUAAUGCCGGAGAGAUAUAUGAGCCUGAGCUGGACACGUACUUUGUCCACGAUCGUGCCGUCCGUGAGUCAGGACACGACACCACCUAUCGAUUGGAUAACUGCGCUGCCGAUGUUGCAACUGUGGAUUUGAACUCGCUACUGUACAAGUACGAGAUGGACAUUGCGGAGACGAUCCAAACACUCUUUGGCGACUCUUUUGAGACGCCUUUCUUUGCCAGUUACGACACAAAAUCCAUCCCCGAGGAGAGCCGGCCAAAGACCAUCAUGCACACCUCCGCGGAUUGGUUUGAGCGCGCACGCAUUCGUCAGGAGAAGAUUAACAACUACUGCUGGAACGAGGAACGUGGUAUGUUCUUUGACUACAACACGAGGACAAAGGCCAUGGGAACGUACGAGAGUGUCACGACAUUUUACACCAUGUGGGCAGGAUGUGCUGAUCGCGAGAAGGCCGAGAGGAUGAUGGUUUGUGCAUUGCCUCUUUUCGAGGUGACUGGAGGAUUGGUAUCUGGAAGCGAGGCAUCGAGAGGUAUCAUUACACUAUCGCGUCCCAACCGUCAAUGGGACUUUCCCUUUGGCUGGGCACCGCAUCAGAUCAUCUCGUGGAUUGGAUUCGAGAAAUACGGAUUCAUGGAGGAGACCAAGCGAUGCUGCUACCGCUGGCUGUAUACUAUCACAAAGUCGUUUGUAGAUUUUAAUGGCAUGGUGCCUGAGAAGUUUGAUGUGGUGAACAUGACGCACAAGGUUCAGGUCGAGUACGGCAAUGUGGGGGUGGACUUCAAGUUUAUUCCGCGUGAGGGAUUCGGGUGGAUGAACGCCAGUUACCAGGUCGGACUGGGCUACAUGGACCGACAGCUUCGACGAGCGCUGGGAACGGUGCUGGAGCCGACGAAGGUGUUCAAGUGCAAGGACCCGUUCUUCCGUCCUCGCUCACUUCGCAAGGCUUGA